AUGGUGGACAAGGUGAAGAAGAUAGAGCUGGUUUUCAUUCCUUCCCCAGGGAUUGGACACAUAGUAUCCAUGGUUCAGAUGGCCAAGCUCAUAGUUGCUAGAGACCCACGUCUCUCCAUCACUGUUCUAGUCAUAAAACGACCCGGUGCCACCGCCGCCGUCAAUAUCGUUGAAUUGGUACCCGUCGACCAGACACGCAUAAGGUUCCUACAUCUCCGGGAGCCCGACCCGGUCUCAAUCAUCCAUUUAAACGCCGGAGACCGUUUCUUUGCAAGCAUUGGCGAGUUACAAUUACCAAUCGUCCGGGAAGCCAUCGCAGCAGAAGUCCUCGGCCGACCCGGAUCAGGGAAUCUUGCUGGUCUCAUAAUCGACAUGUUUUGUGCAUGUAUGGUUGAUGUAGCAAAGGAAUUUCAUGUUCCUUCCUAUAUCUACUUUCCCUGUAACGCAGCUUCUCUUGGUCAGAUGUAUCAUAUGAAAGCCUUGAGAGAUGAACACGGUACGGACGGGUCUGAAUUCAUGAACUCCGAUGUUUUACUGGACAUACCCUUUUUCUCCCACCCAUACCCAGCGAAGGUUCUUCCGACGGUGUCAAUCGACGAGGCUUUAGGUUCCACCACAUUUCUUAACUUAACCAAGAAGUUCAAUGAAUCAAAUGGUAUUGUGAUAAAUACAUUCGCCGAGCUGGAAUCCCGUGCCAUUAGAGUCAUCUCGGAAAUUGAGAAAUUCCCGCCGGUUUACUCUGUGGGUCCUAUUCUCAAUCACGAGAAGAGCGUGGGAGAAGAGCACGACGAGAUCAUGAGGUGGCUGGACGGUCAACCUCCUUCAUCGGUUGUGUACCUUUGUUUCGGGAGCAUGGGUACCUUCGGGGAGGCGCAAGUGAAGGAGAUCGCGAUGGCAUUGGAGAAGAGCCGCCACCGGUUCUUGUGGUCGUUGAGGUUGCCGCCUUCAAUAAAGGUUCCUAUAACGGAGGUCCUGCCAGAAGGGUUCUUGGAGAGGACUGGUGAUGUGGGGAAAUUGGUCGGAUGGACCCCGCAAGUGGAGGUAUUGUCGCACAACGCGGUGGGGGGAUUCGUGUCGCACUGCGGGUGGAAUUCUACGUUGGAAAGUUUGUGGUGUGGUGUGCCGGUGGCAGCUUGGCCGAUGUUUGCGGAGCAACAGUUGAAUGCGUUCCUAUUGGUGAAGGAGCUGGAAUUAGCUGUGGAAGUUAAGAUGGAAUUCAGGCAGAACCCUUUUAGUGUAAAUGUUGACGACAUUGUGGCGGCAUCAGUGAUCGAGGGGGCGAUAAGGCGGCUGAUGGAUGUGAACGAGAUGAGGAAGAAAGUGAAGGAUAUGAGCCAGAUGAGCCGGAAGGCAGUGAUGGAAGGAGGAUCUUCUUAUGUAUCUCUAGGGCGAUUCAUAGAAGAUGUAAUCCACAAUGCCCAUUGUGGUGAUCUAUCUGAAGAUUGAAUAUGCCAGACAUUAAAAUAAUCAUAAUAAUGCUGACUCUCAUGUAUUCAGUUUUCUUUGUGUACUUGAAAGAACUGGAUAAAUUAUUGGAACUACCAAAAAAUCUGGACUGAAUAAUCUGAAUCAAA